CUGCAGGUGUUUGCAUCACAAAUCGCGCUGCAGGGCCACUCGCAGGUGCAUUCAUCUCGAACAUACCACUGCGACUUCUGCCCACUAUCAUUCGCAUCGCGCUCCCGCUUCGAAACUCAUCGAAAGAAGCAUUUUACCGAAAAAAAUUUCAAAUGCCAGAUCUGCGACGCGAAGUUCUCAAGGUGUAGUAUGAACUAUUGUGCAGUCAUAUCUGACCUAAAAUGGAAUCGAAUAGUUCAUGAAAAUGAAAUCUUGCCAAUAUGCUUCUUAUUGCAUUUGCACAGUGUGCAAAAAACCGGCUUGAGCGGUGACACAGAGAUGCGCCCGUACCUCGUUUUAGAACACAAAUCACUGUGGACAUAAGC